UUGUGUGAUGGCAACUUCACUUCUAGGGGAGGAGCCGAGGUUAGGAUCGACUCCUUUAGCCAUGUUAGCCGCAACAUGCAAUAAAAUUGGGAGCCCCAGCCCAUCACCGUCUACUAUUACGGAUAAUUCCUCCUCAUUUGGGAAAGGAUUCCAUCCAUGGAAAAGAGCAGCGGCUAGCAGCUGCAGCCUCGGGUCUGGCCUACCCGGCUUCGGGGUGAGUCGUAACGGAUCUGGGAUCUCGGAUUCAUUCGGCACCAAUAACUCCAAUGGAUCCAGCGCCUUUUCUUUGACGUCCGGCACGACUUCUAGCUCCCACUUUGGAAACGAUUACUCUGUGUUCCAGGCGUCUGUUUCCAGCAGCUCCCAGGAGUCCAGCCACCAGCCCGUGUUCAUCUCCAAGGUGCACACGUCAGUGGACAGUCUGCAGGGCAUCUACCCCAGAAUGAGCGUGGCACAUCCCUACGAGUCUUGGUUCAAGUCGUCUCAUCCCGGGAUCCCCACUGCGGACGUGGGCACUACGAGCGCAUCUACGUGGUGGGAUGUUGGAGCAGGAUGGAUAGAUGUCCAGAACCCAAACGGAGCCGCGCUCCAGACAUCCUUGCACUCCGGGGGACUGCAGACAUCCCUGCACUCUCCUUUAGGCGGAUAUAACUCUGAUUACUCCACUCUGAGUCACUCUGCGUUCAGCACGAGCCCCUCUCCGCACCUGUUGACCACCGGACAGCACCUGAUGGACGGCUUCAAGCCUGUCUUGUCCUCCUAUCCUGACACCAGCCCAUCUCCACUGGCCGGGGCAGGAGGCACGAUGUUGACCGGGGCUCCCCCUGCGUCUUUAGCUGGCUCCCCGCGCUCCUCGGCGCGACGUUACUCAGGCAGAGCCACGUGCGACUGUCCCAACUGUCAGGAGGCAGAAAGACUGGGGCCAGCGGGCGCGAGUUUGCGGAGAAAGGGACUCCAUAGCUGCCACAUUCCCGGGUGCGGAAAAGUUUACGGGAAAACAUCUCAUCUGAAGGCACACUUGCGCUGGCAUACAGGCGAAAGACCGUUUGUGUGUAACUGGCUCUUUUGUGGAAAAAGAUUCACGCGCUCUGACGAGCUGCAGCGACAUUUACGCACGCACACGGGAGAGAAACGGUUCGCGUGUCCAGUGUGCAACAAGAGGUUUAUGCGCAGCGACCAUCUGAGCAAACACGUAAAGACUCAUAGUGCAGGCGGCUCCGCCGGGUCUGGUUCUGGGGGCAGCGGGGGCAAGAGGGGUAGUGACACCGACAGUGAGCACAGUGCGCCCGGGAGCCCCCCGUGCCAAUCUCCCGACCUGUUGCACCCAAAUGAGACAAGUCAAGGAGUGACUUUGAAUGGCCUCUGA